UGCGCCGGCUUCCCUCGCCUCUCAGCUCCCCUCGGCGGGCAGUUCCCUUCCUCGCUAAUCGAACGGCCGUGGUCUCUUUACCCCUGCCUCAGACCACCAGGCCAGGAGCUCCUCCAUCGCUUCACAGGGCAGUGAUGAGGGUACGCAACCCAGAAACGCCAGCCUCCCCUCAGCAGCCGCCGGGAAGGAGACACCGCAACGCCCUGCUGCUGGGACACGUUUCCUCUUUUGGCCUUCAGGCUUGCAACAUAGAAGACAACUCACUGUUCCACAAACCUCUCGCUCUGGGUCCCGGUGCUCUCUGCGAGCACACUGAGAAAAGUGAAAUUCAUGUCUGAGGAGCAGGCAUCGGGGCAGGAUGGAGAGCUUGGGCUUGCAAGCAGUGACCCUUAGUGACGGGACGACAGCCUACAUUCAGCAGGCUGUCAAAGGUGAAAAACUGAUUGAAGGGCAAGUCAUUGAACUUGAAGAUGGGACCACAGCUUAUAUCCAUCAGGUGACGGUUCAGAAAGAGUCUGUAGCUUUUGAAGACGGGCAGCCAGUAGUGCUGGAAGAUGGCAGUAUGGCCUACAUUCACAACACCACUAAAGAAAGUUAUGACCCCGGCACCUUUGAGGCUGUCCAGCUGGAGGAUGGCUCCACUGCCUACAUCCAUCGUCCUGUCAUCGUGCCACCUGGCAGCACCAUCCUGGAAGUGCAGGCAGAAACUGGGCUUGAGGAGUUGGCUGGAGGGGAGGAAGACGAUGCCUUUGAUGUCGAGACCAUGAAUGCAUUAAAGCAGUACGCCAGUAAGGUGUCUGAGGAGGAAGAGGAGGGAGUGGUGAACACCCACCAUACAACGAGUGAGGAUCCCAGUGACGUCCCUUCCCAGGAUCUGCAGGAGGAGGAAGUGCACAGCAGUGAGAAGGGGCAGCAGGUGGGCAGCAGAGCUUUCCGUUGUGGGUACCAAGGCUGUGGCCGCCUCUACACCACUGCCCACCAUCUAAAGGUACAUGAACGUGCUCACACGGGUGACCGGCCGUAUGUGUGCGACUUCCCAAGCUGUGGGAAAGCAUUUGCUACAGGGUAUGGGCUGAAGAGCCACGUGAGAACACAUACUGGUGAGAAACCAUACAAGUGUCCAGAAGAUGUGUGCAGCAAAGCCUUCAAAACCUCUGGGGAUCUACAGAAACACAUCCGGACACACACAGGGGAGCGUCCCUUCAAGUGCCCCUUCGUGGGCUGUGGCCGCUCGUUCACCACGUCCAACAUCCGCAAGGUUCACAUCCGGACGCACACGGGCGAGCGGCCCUACCUGUGCCCGCAGCCCAACUGCGGCAGGGGCUUCACCAGCGCCACCAACUACAAGAACCACAUGAGGAUCCACACAGGAGAGAAGCCCUACAUGUGCACCGUGCCGGGCUGCGGAAAGCGCUUCACGGAGUAUUCCAGUCUCUACAAGCACCACGUGGUCCACACGCACUGCAAGCCCUACACCUGCAACAGCUGCGGCAAGACCUACCGGCAGACCUCCACGCUGGCCAUGCACAAGCGCAGCAGCCACGGCGAGCUGGAGGCCACGGAGGAGAGCGAGCAGGCCCUCUACGAACGCCAGCAGCUGGAGGCUGCUGCUGCUGACAGCGGCUCCCCCUUGAAGACCCAGCAUAUUGCUUUCCUGUCAGAGAUGGAAGAAGAGGAAGAGGAAGAUGAAGACUGUGUGCCUACGCAGGUCUCACUUAUCUCUCAGGAUGGGACAGAGCAGGUGAGUUUGUCACAGGAAGACCUGCAGGCCCUGGGCGGUGCCAUCAGCGUGGUGACACAGAGCGGGGCUCUGGCCGUGCCGGAGGAGGAGCUGGCAGGAGGUGACACACACCCCGUGACUGUGGCCGACAUGGACGGCACCGAGACACAGCCGGUUACCAUAGUCACCUCUGGGGCAGUCAUCUCUGAAGAACCAGCCGUCGCAUCGCUCUGUCAGCAGCAGGUGGCAUUGCUGGCCACCACCAACGGCACACACAUCGCCCUGCAGUUAGAAGAGCAGCAGAGCCUGGAGGAAGCCAUCAGCGUGGCCACAGCAGCGAUCCAGCAUCAACCCGCAACACUGGAGGCAGCCGUGGCUGGGAAAGGGUUCUGAGACCCCCCUGAUUCUCUGCAGGGACGUCAGGAGCUGCAGGAUCCGGGCCAGCUGGCACACGGAGGAGGUGUGGAACACGAGAGAGGGAAGGUGGCCAAGAGCAGUGGCCAGUGUGUGCACCACAGGCUGAUGCCAGCAGCACUGGCCAUCGGAGUGACCCUGCUCCCAGGGCUCUGCCCUCCAUGGAGGGAUGUCGAAGGUCCCUGGCUGCUGCCUUCUCCUGGAGGCUCCGCAGUUUUCCUGGGCUCUGACUGAGCAGUGACUUUCCUGCUCCUUGCCUUGGGCACUGACUCCUUCUGUCUGAAGGAGAUGGCAGGUUGGGUCUUCUAGUAUUUAUUUCUUCAUGGCUAAGAUUCCCGAGACCUGCCAGUCUUCUGUGGCAGAGGUGGAGCCGCAGAGAUUUCAGCAACCUCUGGGAGUGCAAAAGUUUUUUGGAGAGGCAUUUCUUGCCCUUUCCCUCUAGGAAUGGUCCGGGAGCUCCUGCCCAACCCCUCCAGGAAAGGGGCAAGUGGGCACAUGCACAGGAGCAACAAAGCCCCUUCAGAUUCAAGCCCUGGGCUUGGGAUCUGGGCAGUGACCAGUUCCUGAUGCUGGAGCAAGGGCCUGGGCUGCGUCCAACAGCGAAUCUCCCAUCUCUCCAUCACACUCCACUCUCCAGCAAACUUCCUUGGCAGAGCAAAGCACCCCCUCCACCGACCGGCACUUGUCGGGGGGUUGAGCUAGACUGGGAUGUAAAUGCCGAGUUCAAAUAAAAACAAAUUUAAAAUUUUCUUUUUAAAAA